CCUAAAGCCGAAAGGUACAGGAGCAGCAAAAUCCAACGGGCCGAGCCCCCACAUCGUUUUCGCACUCCACUCUCACAGAUCACGAACAAAAACUCCCAAACGAGCGGAGCGGAGGCGAGACAGGCGACUGUCAUACGCUCGCAUCAUGUCACGGGAAGCAGCAUCAGGGGACACCGCCGCUAUGAUGGGGAGCAGGGGCGCUCCAGGGACGUGGAGGCGGGUGCGGAGGGCGGCGCAGGAGGCGGCGGCGCACGCGCUGCUGCUCUGCUUCACCGUCCUGCUCGCCCUCAAGCUCGACGGCAUCUUCUCCGGCUGCUGGUGGUUGCUUUUUAUCCCUCUGUGGUUAUUCCAUGCUGUUGUUGCUCGUUAUAGAUUCUCAUUACCUGCUACAUCUCUAUUGCCGCCUCAAAAUUGCCAGAGGAUUCCAUGCCAUUCCGUUGUUGCCAUACCCUUGCUAAUUGCUUUUGAGCUGCUUCUCUGCAUUUACCUGGAAGGCAUCAAUGGGCGGGGUGAAUCUUUUCUAGAUUUAAAGCUUGUGUUCCUUCCACUCUUGGCUUUGGAAAUAAUCACGCUGGUUGACAACUUCAGGAUGUGUGGUGCUCUAAUGCCUGAAAAUGGCGAAACAAUCACUGAUGAAGAUAUUUGGGAGAGACUUCCUCACUUCUGGGUAGCCAUUUCCAUGGUAUUUCUACUAGCAGCUACUUCACUCAUGCUCCUUAAGUUAUGCGGUGAUGCAGUUACUAUGGGGUGGUGGGAUUUAUUCAUUAACUUCGGGAUUUCCCAGUGCUUUGCUUUUCUUGUCUGCACAAGGUGGUCCAAUCCAAUGUCGGUAUACAAGUCAAUCCUUGGUAUAGCAAUAAAUUCAUCUUAUGGACAGAGAGUGCAACUGGAACAGCAGUUUUGCGUUUUUUCUCCAAAAAGGGAUUCUGAUGUAGACAAAUUAUGUCGUCUGCAGGACAUCGGUGGCCCUAUAUUGAUAAUUCCUAUCGUAAUUUUUCAAGUUCUCCUAUGUAUGCGCUUAGAGGGUACUCCUUCUAAUGCACGGUUUAUCCCAGUUCGAGCUAUUUUCUCACCUAUAUUUCUGCUGCAAGUGGUUGCUGUAUUUUUUGCCGUUUGGAGAUUCUUUGAAAGGCUUGUUAUUAAGUUACAAGGUGGAAUUAUUAGUGAAGAAUAUAUUUCUGCCUCGUCAAAGAUUAAUGCGCUGUGUAUGAUUGUACAGCAUGGUUCAAGGUUCAUUACUUGGACUAUUGAUGAAAACAGCAAAGAGGAACAAGCCCAUUUGUGCUAUACAAAUAACGUUGGGUAUAGUACCUUUUGCAGCUAUCCACCAGAGAUGGUGAAAGGGAUGUCGAAGAAAGUUCUUGUUGAAGAGGUACAGAGGCUUCAGUUAGCAUUAGAAGAGCAAACCAAAAAGGCACAUCUUAGCCAACAGCGGUGUGAUACGCUAAAGAAUGAACGGAUCUUGUGUCGAAUUUGCUUUGAGAGGGACGUCUGCAUUGUUUUGCUUCCAUGCCGCCAUCAUGUUCUAUGCGAACCCUGCUUUAACAAGUGCCAGUCAUGCCCUAUUUGUCGUGUACCUAUUGAGAUCAAGUUAUCCGUUAACGAUGCAGUGAAUUCGGCAGCUCCAUUAAGUGAAAUAGUUUAAAAGUUCAUAGUUUGACACUUGUCAACAGUUCUAGGACACCUACUUCUAGAGUCAGCAAAGAUGACCACACUGAAUCCAAGCAGCAAAAACAAACUGGUUUGGCUGCAAAGUUCAGAGGAAAACUAGAACAAAUCUCGUUUCAGAACAGAUCAUAAGAAAACCAAGAGCUAUGCCGCACUCUUCAGUGAUGAUAGAAAGGAACCGUGCGGCUUUGUUGAUACUCACUAAUAUGUAGUGCCAACUUGAAUAACCACUGGCAUCACUUAAUUUUGUGGCGAAAGCUGCGAGCCCUGGCCAGUUUUCAUAACAGAGGUCCUUGACAACUGACAGGGGAAUUGAGCAAGCAUGCAUGUGUAACGAGAACCUGUGGUUGUUAACUGCUCUUCAUUGCCAAGGAAGCAAAAUGUCACCCUGUUAUCAGUUCUUGCACCUUUUUUUAGAGGAAUCAGUUCUUGCACCUACUCGAGGUUCCUGUAAACAUCAUUUUGGCCUAUAUAUGUUCAUGUACAUAUGUACGGUAGCGUCAUGCCGUGCGGCAGCAAUAAUAUAUCUUAUCUGAUUCCCAUUUUCACCU